CCCGCAGGAUCCAUUGCGGACAGGCACUCAAUCAAUCAAGCUCGAGGAACCGACAUGAGCCUCACAAAUCAUCGUUCCCUCCCUUCCUUCCUCCCUCCCUCUCGUCAGUGCUCGCGUGACCUACGAGGACUUUUUGAGUCGAGCUUCCGAAUGUAUUCGGAAGCUCAAAAGACUCCGCGAGGUGUGAACCGAAUGGCCGAAGGAAUUUCAAGGGCGGAGUAGCCGACGCCUGGCGGGCUACAUAUUGCAUCCCCAUUUCGUCGAUCGAAGAGACCAUCGAGGUUUGGGGUGAGUGUCGAGGAGAGCGGCGGAGGGUUGUCGCUGCACGAGGAGGUGGCGAAACGAGAGUAGAACGGGAGCGGAACGACGGGAGACCAGCGGUGGACAUGGCUUCGAACGGGAAGGAUGCCGUGGUCCUGGAAUGAUUCCAAUUCGUGCUCGUGCGAAUAGCUUCCAGGUGUAGAUGGAUGGGUAUAUUAUCGACUAGCUUCGUGCGAGGGAGGUCGAUUUCUUGAUUGCUCGUUUGCAGAUUGUAGGUAGGAGAGAUGGCGACGGAAAACGCCGAGGUGCAGGCGGCGGCAGCAGAAAUGUUGGAAAGGAAGCACGCGGAGAGGUUGGAGAGGUUGGCACUCAUCAACAAGAAUCGUCUGGAGGGAUCGAGCAUUCGGAAAUCACAAGCCGCAGACUCUUCCGACCCGCGAGAGUCCGUCGAUGUUUUCCUGGCGGCAUUUGGGCAGAAGAGGGAAGUGGUGGAGAAGGGACUCGCAUCGGCUCUGGCGAACGAAGUCGAGCCGACCCACAUCAAACGGCACCUCGAUGAUCUCGCUCUCGAGGUCGGUGCCCUGGAGAAGCUCGUCGCCGAUGCCUCCUACUUCCUUCCGGCGUACGAUGUCCGAUCUUCUCAAACCACCAUCCUCAAACUCAAGGACGAUUUGGAAUCCGCCUCUUCCCAACUUCUGCCGAAGAAGAAAUUCUCUUUCCGCAACAAGGCAGCCAAGAAGGUGCCAGCGCCAUCGAUCGAAGAGAAGCCGACGACUCUGGAAACAGGGCAAGUGAAACCUAAUGGCCUCCAAGACACUCCACAGCCUGUGCCCGCAGAUUCUCCCGCAGCAUCUCUUCCGGAAAUUAACAAUCGAGAACGUAUUCAGGGCAAAGAGAAUAUGGUUUUCGUGCGCGACGCCGAUGUCUUGGGUGCAGAGCUGACACUUUCGAAUCUGAACAAGUGCAAGGUUUAUUUGAGAGGCAGGCUGACCACUUUGUACAUCGAUAGUUUAAGGAACUGUCAGAUUUUCGUCGGACCCGUGACAGGGUCGGUGUUCAUCGAGAACGUGGAAAACAGCACUCUCGUCCUGGCGUCCCAUCAGAUUAGAAUUCAUUCUACAAAGUCCACAGAUUUCUACGUCCGCGUUCGGAGCAGGCCGAUUGUGGAGUACACGACGAAAAAUCGCUUUGCUCCCUAUGCCUUCUCUUACCUGGGAAUCGAGGAAGAUUUGAGAGCCGCCAAUCUUGCAGAGGAAACCGGGCUGUGGGAGAAGGUGGAUGAUUUCCGAUGGCUGCGAGCAGUGCCGUCACCCAAUUGGACCUCCGUGCCCCUGAAGGAACGCAUUCAUGUCGAAGAUGGCUCCAUUGUCACCGGUGUAGGUUGCGACGAGUAGUCAGAGAAGAGGUGACCCGACCACCGUCUCGACCGAUGGAACUGCGACAGGCUGAACAUUGUCAUGAGCACUAGAGAUUUGCACCGGCAGUUUUGGAACCCAUCAUCUUUCACGGAGUGUUGGGAUACAUUUGCUCAUGACUGUUGGAGGCUGGUCGAUUUUGUCAUGCGAUCCACAUGAGCGACAGACACAGAUGAGGUGCAGCGCCCAAAGCAGGUUAGGUUGCAGUUGUAGGCUUUGCGCCCUUCAGCAAGCAAGAGCCGAUGCAUGCCUUGUCCACUCAUUUGUUGCUAACCAGCAGCUAAUUGGUUGCCUGUGACAUGGUUCUAGCAGAUGCUGUCUCUUCCUAUAUCGUGGCCAUAAUUUCACAAACGGAGGCUGCGAGGCGGCAUGCCUUCAAGCUGCAUUCUUAGCACUCCCUCCUGACGAGGAAGCAUGUGAGCGAUGGAUUUUCAAUCCCUGCGGACUCUACAGUUUUGAGCCGUCGCUGUCGGUGAGAAAGAAACGGAAAUUGAUUCAGGCACGAGUGACUGAACGAUCGAUCAAUCUCGUCCGAUUUGAAUUCUUUCUUACUAGUGCUAAUAGUGCCCCUUGUGACAGUAGAGUUCAUGUCUGCAGAGUGCACUUUUCUCCCUCCUGGACCGGAUCUUCUGUUUCCUUAUCAUCUGAGAAUGAGCCCUAGUGCUGUGUUUCACAAGAGCUAUCAUGGUUCACAGAUGUUCCAUCAAACUGGAAGAUUUUCGUGAAUUCAGUUCAUUCAUUACGAGCCCUACGUUGUUUUUUUACAGCAGUUGCCAUUCUCAUCGAUUGCUGAAAAUCGAGAAGAAUGGCAAAAGGUUUUCGACCAGCAGAGCAGUUAGGUAAUCAUCAGGAUCGAAGUUAUGACUUAGGGGAGUUUCCCAUCCAUCAUACAAUCAAACUUCAUUGUAAACUGUUAUUGGAUCUGUGAUCUGCCUGCACUUUGUGAGUGCUCCUUGAAAAACUAGCUGUCGAGCAGGCAAGAAGCACACGUUCAAUGAAUCAUGGGGUAAACUUAAGAGAAUCUGUCUGCCGAAGCGCAUGUCUCU